UGUAUGCGUAGUUGAAAAGUUUGUUGUUCCCAGAUAGUGCGGUUUGCCGGUUUGGUUAAACUGGAAAUAGCAAAUGGAUUCCUUAGAAGACAGCGGCUGUUGGGAUUUUCUCGAUUACUCUUUCAUCGAUCAUCCUCCCACCGAUUUCCUUUGGUCCAACCACAGUGUGAGCACAAAAUUUGACUUUGCAGGUGGUGAUGUUCCAAAUCAAGAGAACACCAGGAAAAGGGGACGCACUGAUUCUUGCUGCAAGGCUGGAACAAAAGCUUGCCGUGAGAAAUUGCGGAGGGAGAAACUCAAUGAAAGGUUUUGUGACUUGAGCUCUGUUUUGGAACCUGGGAAGCCUGUGAAAACAGAUAAACCAGCUAUACUUGAUGAUGCUAUCAGAGUCUUGAGCCAACUUAAAACUGAAGCUAAUGAACUCAAAGAAACAAAUGAAAAAUUAUUAGAGGAAAUAAAAUCUUUAAAGGUAGAAAAAAACGAACUCCGUGAAGAGAAAAUUGUUUUGAAAGCAGAUAAAGAGAGGAUUGAGAAGCAGUUGAAAGUUUUGCCCAUUUCACCAGCAGGGUUUAUGGGUCCUCCAGUAGCUGCAUAUCAAGCAGGGGUGAACAAGAUGGCUGUUUAUCCAAACUAUGGUUAUAUCCCAAUGUGGCAUUAUCUUCCUCCAUCUGCCACAGAUACAUCCCAUGAUCAUGAGCUCAGGCCUCCUGCUGCAUAGUUACUUGUAUUUCUGAUCUUUGGAUAUUUUUAACAUUCAUCAUUUUAUUUUACAACUUUGUCGAAGUGUUGACAUGUAAAUAUUGUCAUUGCUUCGAAUUUUAUUUUAUUUUAUUUUUUUUUAACUUAAUAUAGGAACAUGUGCUAAAUUAGGCCUACGAUGGCAAUGAUAUGAAAAUUCUAUUGAUGUCCAUUAUAAAU